CAGUGACAGUAUCAUGUUUGUGAACCAAAAUGUUUAUGGUGUUUAUACGAAAAUAUACACAUAUUUAUAAAACAGUAUAUAAAAAAUUUACAUAAAAUACUGCCCCAUUAAAAUAAGUCCACAAAAAUGAGUCUAAAUUCACUAAUCAACUCGGCCGUCAAUGCCAAUUCAGUGACAAAAACCCUAACCCAAAAAGUGCGUCAAUUUAGGUUAGGUCACCACAGAAAUCUUCACUUUGCCACCCAAUGCAGCAACAAACCCGUACUAAAAGACACAAACCCUUCCGAAACCACCUCCGAACCCAACGCAAAACCUCCAGAACGCGAUAAAUUCCGCAACAGAUUGCUAAACGGACCUAACCUCAAAGAUUUCUUCAAGAACGAAAAUCUCAAAAACCAGGAGAACAUACCCGAAGAGGAAGUCGUGCCUUAUUUGCAAAACACAAAUAGAUAUGGACAAAAACGCAAAGUGUACUUUGAAGUCUAUGGUUGCCAGAUGAACGUCAGCGACACGGAAAUAAUUUGGUCAAUUCUGCAAAAACACAACUACGUGAGGACCGAAAACUUGAUGGAAGCCAACGUUGUGUUGAUUGUAACGUGCGCAAUAAGAGAAGGAGCUGAGUCGAAAAUAUGGGGUCGCUUGGAUUACUUGAAGGGGGUCAACAAGACGAAGUCGUUAUUCAGUUCUAAGUUUAAAAUCGGGAUUUUGGGGUGCAUGGCCGAACGUCUUAAACAUAAAGUGUUGGAGAAGGAUCACUCAGUUGAUGUGGUGGCAGGCCCUGAUAGUUAUCGAGAUUUGCCUAGAUUGCUAGCGCUUACGGAAAACAGUCAGAAGUCGGUUAAUGUUUUAUUGUCGUUGGAUGAAACCUACGCUGAUAUCAUGCCAGUGAGAUUAAAUGAAAAUUCAGUGUCGGCUUUUGUGUCCAUUAUGCGUGGGUGUGAUAAUAUGUGCACUUACUGCAUAGUUCCAUGGACUCGUGGUAGGGAACGCUCACGCCCUAUUGACUCAAUUUUAAAAGAAAUAGAAUUAUUAUCUCAACAGGGGGUCAAAGAAGUAACGCUUUUGGGACAGAAUGUGAACAGUUAUAGAGACUUGUCAAAUUCAAGCGAUUUUUAUUUGAGUAGUAAUCCAACGAAACUAGCUAAAGGGUUUAAAACAGUCUAUAAGUCGAAAAUUGGUGGUCGGCGUUUCGCCGAUCUUUUGGAAAGAGUGGCAGAUGUGGACCCAGAAAUGAGAAUUAGGUUUACCUCCCCACACCCUAAAGACUUCCCUGAUGACGUGCUACAUAUCAUUAAAUCACGACCCAAUAUUUGUAAAAAUUUACACAUGCCAGCACAGUCGGGGAAUUCUAAUGUUUUAGAAAGAAUGAGGCGAGGUUACACAAGAGAAACCUAUUUAGAAUUAGUAAACCAUAUUAGAUAUUUACUGCCAGAAGUUAGCUUAAGUUCAGAUUUUAUCUGCGGUUUUUGCGGAGAAACUGAAGAGGAGUUUGAAGACACAAUUUCUUUGAUGAAAAUUGUGAAGUAUAACACUGCCUACUUAUUUCCGUAUAGUAUGAGGGAAAAAACGGCUGCUCAUCGACGAUAUACUGAUGAUGUUCCACCAGAAGUAAAGCAGAAACGUCUGGAACGAAUGAUACAGACAUACAGAACGCACACAGAAACACUAAACAAGGCUCAAAUUGGACGUUUGCAAUUAAUAUUAAUUGAGGGUUAUAGUAAAAGGUCGAAAAGUCAGUUGGCUGGCAGAAAUGAUCAAAAUAUUAAAGUUAUAGUUCCUGCAGGGGAAGUCCCGCAGAAGGAUGGCAAUAACAACAAACUGUUAGAACCUGGUGACUACGUGGUGGUACAAAUUAAUGCAGCCAAUUCUCAAGUUUUAAAAGGAAUCCCUUUAUACUGCACAACACUGACUGAAUACUACAUAGAAUCUCCAAUCGAAUUUUCCGACGACGCGUGUGGUUACUACAACAUGAUGUAAAUAAUAGAAAUGGUUCAAUAAACUAGACAAAAACA